GUGUGUGUGUGUGUGUGUGUGUGUGUGUGUGUGUGUGUGUGUGUGUGUGCAGCUGUGUGUGCAGCUGUGUUGUGUGUGUGUGAGGGACUAAAGUUCGGUCAGCUGUGCGAUGGUAACCCCGCCAACACCAGGAGGACGUCAGACCGCCACGGACAGGGACACUACGGAGCCAGACGGGGGACCCGGGACCACAAGGGUCUGGACAUCGUGUGCAGCGACGGCUCGACGGUCUACGCUCCGUUUGAUGUGACUCUCCACGGAAAAGUCACGGUCUACACCGACCGCACGAAGACCGCCAUCAACAGCGGCAUCACCCUGAGAGGAGAGGGUGUGUGUUUCAAGCUGUUCUACGUGGAGCCGGACCGAACCACCGGGUCGGUGAGGAGGGGGGGGCGGCUCGGCGUCAUGCUGCCCAUGCAGACGGUUUACCCGGGGAUCACCUCGCACAUCCACGUCCAGAUGUGCGAUAAGAGCGACCCAACGCCGUUCUUCUGACACCUCGCCGAGGACGCCGGGACCUUAUCUCCAUGGCAACAUUAAUAUGUAUAUCUAUGUAUAUAUAUAUAUAUAUAUAUAUAUAUAUA